AUAGGCUGCAAAAAAAGCUAAAAAAGCUUUUGUUUAUGCAGAUCUCUUAAAUGCCAAUAAAAUUUUUCCGAUUGUUUAUAGAUAAAGUUUUGGUGUGUAGAACAUAAAUUUCCGAAUUGAAUUUGUAUAUUAGUGUAUAACCAAACAACCAUGAGUGAGCCAAUACUUCGUGUUGGAACUUUUAAUAUUCGUUUUGACUUGGGUUCACCUACUCAAGGUGAAACUCCGUGGAAUGUUAGACGGGUUAAAGUUGUAGAUACAAUUCUUUUUCACAAAAUUGACCUUGUCGGUAUACAGGAAGCAUUAUAUAAUCAAGUCAAUGAUUUAGAGUCUUUGCUUGGUUCUAAUUGGAAUUGGAUUGGAGUGGGGAGAGAUGAUGGAAAACAAGCAGGAGAAUUUGUACCAAUUUUUUAUAACAAAAAUCGAUUGAAACUAAUAGAUUCUAAACAUUUUUGGCUCUCUGAGAAUCCAGAUGUUCCCGGUAGUAUAGGUUGGGACGCACAACUUACACGUGUCGCUACUCAAGCAACCUUUCAGGAUUUAUUGACAAAUUCGACAUUUAUUUGGAUCAAUACUCAUCUUGACCAUCAUGGAGAAAAAUCUCGAUUAGAAAGUUCUAAGUUGUUAUUAAAUCGUGCUCGACAACUAAAAUCAUCAAGUUCGUCGGAUGUAAAGCUGUUUUUAUCGGCCGAUUUUAAUUGCAAAGAAAAUGAAGAACCUUAUAAAUUAAUCACAGGAGGAAAAUAUCAAGAUAUUAACUCAAAGGAUCAAAAAGAUUUAGUUUUUGCUGACACCCGUUACGAGAUAAGUGGUCUUAAGGGAGGGUCAUUUGGUUUUUCAAAUACUUUUACCGGAUUCUCGAAGAACACAGAACAAGAAAGAAUUGAUUAUAUUUUAGCUGAUAACAGUAGUAUCUCAACACAAGUUGUCAAGGUGAUUAAUCAUGGAGUGGUUUCGAACCUUUAUGAUGAUGACAUGUAUAUUAGUGAUCAUCGUCCAGUAAUAUCUGACUUACUCAUUCAAUGAAAACCUUAUUUGUUAAAUAUAAUUUUUUUUUUUAAAAAAAAAAAAUUGUUAACCUUCCCGCCAAAUUUUAUCAAUAAUUUUUCAUGUGAAAUCUGAAUCUUGGCAUGUGUCAUUUACAUAUUUCAAAAUAUCCGAGCUUCAA